CUCAGCUGAUGCGCGUAUCAACCGACCGACUCCAUCAUCAGCAUCCGACGCUGACAGCAUCGAAGAAAGCAUCCCUAAUAGAAACGAGCCACGGCACGGCGGCGGCGCAGGAUAAUUCAAAGCCUGGUGGAAAAAGGACUGACGCUACCAAACUCUUUUGUAGGGCUGCCAUCUUACAAACCGCCAAACUGCAAAAUAGUGAGUAGCCUUUGAUGAUGGACCGCCAGGAGGCUACAAUCGUGUGUGUCCCUCCACUACCUGCAUUAGGUUGUGAUGACCCACACUACUUCCAAAUGUUUCUGUGACCCUCCCAAAUCCUGACUCCUAACCUCUAAUCCCUGACCUUUGACCUCCACUAUGGGCAGUGUUGGCAGUGGGGUGGCAGGAGAGCAGGAGUUUGCCAUGAAGUCCGUGGGCACCAGGACCACCCUGCCCAGAGCUCCUCCUCUCUCUCGCCGUUGCCCUGCCGACCGUAGCUGCAGUGCGGAGCGGCUGCCGCGCCCCCCAGCGACUAUAUCAGACGGGACGGCUUCUAGCGAUGAACGAGGAAGUGUUAGUAUCGGGACUGGGACCUGCACUGGAACUGACCGGCCUACAGAGACCAUCUCCUCCACCAACACUGAAUGUACCAUGACCGCCCCCUCCAACAACAACCAGUUGGACUGUGGCAAUGCAGCUGGAAGAAGGGACAGGGAGUGGGAGAGGCAGCGUGAAAGGGGCAGAGACCGGGAUCGGGAUCGAGACUGGGACCGGGAGAGGCUAGAGAGGGAGCGUGAGAGGGAGAGGAACCGGGAGAGGGAACGAGAACGGGUGGAGAGGGAGAGGCUGGAGCGGGAGAGGGAACGAGAGAGGGAGAGGGCCAGGGAGAGGGAACGAGAGAGGAUAGAGAGAGAGAAGAUAGAGAGAGAGAGGGAACGAGAGCGGGAACGAGAGAGGGAGCGAGAGAGGGAAAGGCUGGAGAACGAGAGGAUGGAGAGGGAAAGAGAGCGGGAGAUGCACGCGGCCAGUUUGGACGUUUGUGGGAACAUUGUGGGUCGAGGAGUGAGCGAAAAGACCAGUGUUGGCGUGAACCACCACCAUAACAGAGAGAUGGCCACCGCCAGAACUGACAGUGAAAACAAUCUGGCCGGCCAUAACCCUCCAAACCAUAACCCACCCAAGAUCAUGGCAGUGUCAGGGAAACUGGAGCAGACUUCACAGGCAAUGCAGAGCAGCUCUGGUCUAGUUCGUCCAUCUGCCUUCAAGCCGGUGGUUCCGAAAAGCUUCCACUCCAUGCAGAACCUGGUGGGCCAGGCGGGAGGGGCCGGGGGCGAGGGAAAGACUGAGGCCAGAGGUGAAGGGUUUGCUGAGGGCAGAGUAGGCAGGAGAGGCAGAGAUGGAGGAGGAGGAGGAGGAGCAGUAGACACAGGGGAGGUGCCAGAGGCCCUGCUCCUGGACCAGGACAGUCCAGUUAGGGUGAGCAGGAGUGAAGGAGGGGGAAAUAGUAUUGAAGUGGUUCAGGGAGGGAUGUCAGAUUCUGGGAGAAACUCCCUGACCAGCCUCCCCACAUACACUGGCUCUGGGUCAGGUUGUGGCCCCCCAGCAGUCUUGGGGCCACUCAGUGCUUCCACCAGCCACAUCAACAGGUUGGGCAUGGCUGGGGCAGCUGCAGGCCUGGACAAACUGGAAAAGCCUGGCUACCAGAAUGGACUCAGUGCAUCAGACAGUGGGCGGUCUUCAUCAGGGAAGAGCUCCUCAUCCUAUCAGAGGCUGAGCCACCUGGGUGACGCCCCAGGACCUCUGCGCCCCUCUCCCUCCUCUGAUGACAUCAUCCAGGACCUCGAAGACCGCUUAUGGGAAAAAGAGCAGGAGGUGCAGCACAUGCGCAGAAACCUGGACCAAAGUGAGGCCGCGAUCAUUCAGGUGUUUGAGGAGAAGCAGCGUGUUUGGGAGCGACAGAUGGACGAGCUGAGGCAGAACUAUGCUUCACGUCUGCAGCAGGUUACCCGUCGAGCUCACCGCUCCCAGACUGCUCUGCAGGCCCAAAUAACCCGCCUGUCCCAGGACAAGAGGAGGCUCCAGGAGGAGAUGGCAGCUCUGUUGGCUCAGAGAGAAGAGCUGGAGAGAAAGUGUCUAGAUUACAGGAAGGAGCAGGCUGACAUCCUGCCUCGUCUGGAGGAGACCAAAUGGGAGGUGUGUCAGAAAGCUGGUGAGAUCUCGCUGCUGAAGCAGCAGCUGAGAGAGAGCCAGGCGGAGGUGACCCAGAGAGCUGGAGAGAUGGUGGCUCUGAGAGGCCAGCUGAAGGAGCUCAACGCUCAGCUAAGAGAGCGGGAGGAGGUCAUGCUGGGCCUGAAGGACUCCUACAGCACCAAGUGUUUGGAGCUGGAAAAGUGUGAGGGAGAGCUGAGGAGGACUUUGUCCGAGGUGUCCAUCCUAAGAGAGAAGCUGGGUGUUUUUGAGGCGGAGGUGCUCAGUUUAAAGCGUGCUCUGAGUGAAGUUAGCAGAGGAGCAGAAGUCGUUGUGAGCCCAAACUUAGCUGCGGCGGGGCUGCUGCCACCGUGGGGAGCUGUGCACUGCCCACGAAACCCCACUGAGCCCUCGACUCAUUCCCUCACCCCCACCUCUGACACCUUGCUCAGCCUACAGAGCGAUGAAGCUAAGGCCCAAAGGCAGGAAGCUCAAAGACAGGAGAGGCAGCAACGUGAAGAAGCUCAGUGGCGGGAUGUGCAGCAGCAGCGGCAAGAUGCCCACAUGCAGCAAGACAUUCAAAUGCGUCAGGAUGCGCAGAUCCGACCAGAGGCCCACCUCCGCCAGGAUGCCCAACUUCGUCAGGAGGCUCACCUUCGUCACGAGGCGCAAAUUCGCCAGGAAGCACAGCUUCGUCACGAGGCCCAAAUGCGUCAAGAGACUCAUUUACGCCACGAGUCCCAACUGUGCCAAGAUGUGCAACUGCGCCAGGAUGUCCAUCAGCCCCAGAGGGCUCAGGAGGGUCACUGGGAUGAAGCUGGAGAGCUUCGCAGGCAGUUAGAACAGCUGCAGGCUGCCUUACGCCUGGAGCGGCAGCAACGUGAGCGUCAGGCCCUCAACUUUGACCAGGAGCGCCACACGUGGCAGGAUGAGAAGGAGCGUGUUUUAAAAUACCAGGCACAGCUGCAGCUUAGCUAUGUGGAGACACUGCAAAAGAACCAGGCUCUGGAAAAACGGAUGAGCCAGCUGGGAGCCAAACAAACCACAACCUCCACCACCACCACCAUAACCACCACCACCACCUCCCCCACGUCCUCCAACUCUCCACCUCAUUCACAAGCUCUGUCACCCCUGUCUCCUCAGUUGCCUCCUUCCCUUUCUGGUCUAUCUCCCCUUUCUGGUCCAUCUCCCCUUUCUGGUCCAUCUCCCCUUUCUGGUCAAUCCCUCCUUUCUGGUCCAUCCGCCCUUUCUGGUGCAUCCCCCCUUUCUGGUCCAUCCCCCCUUUCUGGUCCAUCCUCUCUUUCUGGUCCACCUUCCCUAUCUGGUCCACCCUCCAUUUCUAGCCCACCAUCUCUUUCUGGUCCCCCCUCCCUCACUGGCCCUUCUUCCCUCUCUGGCCCAAUUGCCCUGACCCUGUCCCCACCUUGUGAAGACCAAAAGGGCCCUCCUUCUCUCCACCAGCUUGCCCCUCCCUGGGCAGGACCCUCACGCCUUGAGAGGAUCGAGUCGACAGAGAUUUAGAAGCAGAAAACAACACAUUUCCAGUGACAAGGCCUCUCACACAGAACCCCUUCAACAUGUAAAGAGAAAAAAAAAACUACAAGUGAGAACCCAUCAAAAUAUAUCAUUUCAGUCUGAACUACUUUUUAAAACAACUAACUGAAAACAAUAAGGGCCAACUAUUAAAAUAAUGAAUCAGUUAAAUAGUAAACUGUCAAAAAGAUUUUAAGCUCCUUUUACAAGCUGCACUUUGCUGCAUCUUACAUACUCAGUAUUCAUGGAAAGUAUAUUACACUGAUGGAUAUAGGGAAAUGUUUUAAAUGACCAUGUAAAGAUGACAGCACUUGCACAUGCAUCAUUUAAUGUCCACGCUAGAAAAGAACAAAGACAAUCAGGGAUAUUGUCAGAAACGAUCAACGAAAACAUAACACAGUAUUUAUUUAUUGUAUGUUUGUGUUACUGGUUAUGUAAAAGUAGAAUUAAUAGUCAGAGUGUGUGAUGUUAGCUUCUAUUUUUGGCCGGACAGCGCCUUACUCAAUUUUUCCCGGCAUGUAAUAGUGAAUUAUUAAUGCUGGGAACACAUGAAAAAGAAAAAAAUGGUGUGAAUAAUAUUUUAGUGCUUUAAUAAUCAUUUGAAAAAAAGUUAUCCAACACUUAUAAUACAGAUGCUGACCUCAAAGGGCACAUUUCCAAUGAUUCCUGAUUCUGUUUUCAAGGCAUUUCAUGCUCAGGGUCAAACAUACAUGACCUAACAGAUUAUUAGCAGAGUUUAUAUUUUCUACUUACACAGGUAUAUUUCGCCAAUAACCAGCCCUAACUAAAUCAAAAGACGGUGUUUGGACUUGAAAAGGUUCUGCUUUCACUGUAGUUCGUCUGUAAUGACAGUAAAUGAUCGCUAGGGGCCGCUGAAGCUUUAUCACAGCUUUCCCAUCUCACAUCAAAUGACCUGAAAGGACACGGAUAAAUUGAAAGAUAACCAUACUUGUGUCCCUGUGUAUUGCUAGCCAAGAAGUUUGAGAUAGCUGUCAGUAUCCCCAAAGUGAAAGAAAAUCAUAGAAUGUAUAUUACACUAGGAGAAAAAAAUACUUAAAAUAGUUAUAGAUUGUAAAUGUGUGUGUGUGUGUGUACGCAUGUGCGAGUGAACAAGGGGAAGUGUGUGCCAGCAAGUGUGUGCAUGUGUCAACACAUAUUGUAAAGCUUCAGCUUAUGAGAUUGAGGACAGAGGGACUAGUGGCAAUACAAUGGGAAGAUAUAUUUUAAAAAAUGGUUUAAAGUACAUAAAAAUGUACAUCAAAGCUUGUAAGACUGAAAUAUUUAAUUGGGAGUGUGUGAAUAUCUUGGAAGACACUUGCUUUCUUCUGUCUAGUUCAUUUAAACAGAGAAGGUGAGAAAAAGUGUAAAAAAAAUCAGAAGAGUGCAGAGUCUGCCUUUUCAAAGGGAAAUAUUCAGGAUUAUUGUGAUAUGUAGUCCUUCACCCAGGUUAUGAUUUACAGUAGACUCCAGUGUGAAUAUCAUGGCUUUUAUAUGUGUUGUUUAUGCCAGCAUAAAAAGAUAUUGCUCAAGAAUAUUAACUUAUCUUUAAAGUAUUACAUAGUAUUAUCAUCUUUAUUACUGUUAUUAUAUUAUGGUGAACUGACGGCGAAAAUAUGUGCCAUUUGAGCUUUCCUUUAUGUGUUUUUUAACUGUGUAGAUAGCCUGUUGGCUUACCAUAAUGGUGCAAUCAUAGCAACCUUGUCCAAAAAUGAUGUUCCUUUUGAUGUAGGUGAUGUAGUUGCAGUAUUGCAUUGUUUAGAAAACAAAAUACCGCAGAUUUUAUACAUGUUUUAAAACUAUUGUUUGCAUUUAUGUUACUAGUAUUUUUCUGGCUUAAUUCAAUCUACUAAUUUGUUAAAAUUCCACAGAACUAAUAAAGAUAUGUGAAUAAU